AUUAAUUUUAACAGCCAUAGUAAAAAAAAGAGUAAUCGUAAACAAUAUUCAUCUUCUGGUGAAUCUGAAUACCAGCCAACAGAUAAGGAAUACACUUCGGAUGAUCAAUUGUCAGAUGAUGAUAAUUGCAACAAUCAAACGCAAAACACCACUGUUUCUUCAGGGAUCUUUGACAUUACCCCAAGCACCACAAGAUCCAAAACCUUCAUUUAAUAUACCCGGAAACUCAGCUUGUGAUGAUAAAAAUCUUAAAACAGAAUUGUCGAAAUCUAAGGAAAGUAAAAAAAAUUUAUGUUUUUACUGUAAAAAAUUCCAAUCUCAACUAGCACGGCAUCUAGAAAUGGUUUAUUCACAAGAAGAACUUGUUGAAAAGUUUAUGAGUUUCGAUAAAAAAUCUUUAGACUGGAAAAAUGCUAUCGCAGUUAUAAGGAAAAAAGGAAAUUUUGAUUUAUUUGUUAAUAAAGAUUUAAACAAAGACAAAUAUUUUGUUCCAACAAGACGGCCUGCAGACAAAAGUAAAUGCUUAGCUGAAAAUUAUGCUGUUUGUCCAGAUUGUAAUGGCUUAUAUACUAAAAAUAAUUUACGGCAUCACAGCAAAAGCUGUGUUAUGCAAAAAAAUGGAAGUAAAGGUGUUAUGUCAAAAUCUCGUGUUGCUGUUGGUCGUGUCCACCCUCGAGCGUCAGAAGUUUUACGUCAGCAAGUAAUACCACGAAUGAACGAAGAUAAUGUAGUACGUAGCAUAAGAUUUGAUCUAGCUAUGAUAUUAUAUGGUAAUCAGUUAUGUUUGAGACAUCGUAAGCAGUACAGACAUAAAUUAAUUAGAUCGAAUUUGUGGUUAUGCGGUCGUUUCUUAAUAUUUUUACAAGAAAAAGAUCCGGAAAUAACCGAAUUUGCUUCUAUUUACGAUCCUGAACGUUAUCAUUUUAUCAUUGACUGUAUUGAUGAGUUUGCUGGAAUAAAUAAACGAUCUGGUCACUAUGAGAAAGCUGGAAACGCAACAGAAAUAACUAAACACAUCAAAGCUGUCGGUGAGGUACUUAAGGGUGAAUAUAUUAUCACAAAAAAUGAUGAGAAAAAAUCUAAUGUUGAUAAUUUUUUUAUGUUAUGUAAAACCGGAUUUAGUAAUGUAAUCAUUAAAACAGCCAUGGAAACGCACGUCGCUCGUCAACGAGAAAAAGCGGUCGAAUUAUCAUCUUCAACCGAUAUACUUCUAUUAUCUCAAUACUUGGAUAAAUUGAUUGACAGAUAUUACAAAGAAUUGGAAGAAAAAUUUUCUUACAGUUCAUGGCGACGUUUGGCUGAAGCAACAUUAUCUAGAAUGCAAGUUUUUAAUCGUCGACGAGCUGGAGAAUCGGAACGGUUAGAAAUAACGGAUAUGAAAAGUGUUAGAUCUUUGAAAAAAGAUGAUGAAGAUUACCAAGAUCUUACGGAGGAAGAACGAAAGUUCGCUGAUGAAUAUGUUCGAGUAGUCAUUCGUGGAAAAAUUAAUCAAAAUGUUCCUGUGCUAUUGACAAAAAAAUGGUUUAAAUGUAUAAAACUGAUUGUUAAGUACCGUACCGAAGCUGAAGUCUGCCCUGAAAAUCCUUACGUUUUUGGCAUUCGUGGACUGUCUGAUGAGUCUUGUUUAUCAACUACAAAAUUGCUAUGUUUUUUUUCAAAAAAUUGUGGUGCUGAUAAGCCUGAGUUAUUGCGAGGUACUUCUUUGCGAAAACAUGCUGCCACAAAAUGCGCUCAAUUCGGAUUAGAUGACGCGAAUACUGCACACUUUGCGAAAUUUAUGGGACAUGACAAUAAAAUACACAAAAAUAUUUAUCAACAACCGGUCGCGAGAAAAGAUAUUCUGAGUAUAUCAAAAGUCUUAGAAAAAGCUCAAAAACCGAGUGCUACUAUUACCAGUGGUUCUCUAAACAUUGAUAAUGAAUUAGCUCUACGAGAUUCAUCAUUGGAUAGGAGUAACGAUAUUAGUCAAGAAACUUUUGAAUCUACGAUUACUUCUAAUUCAGCAAAUGAUAUGAUAUUAAAUACGCUAUCCGACGCUACUGAAGUUGAUUUGUCAAGUCAAAGUUUAUCGUUUAACCAGGAUAAUCAGGACACUUUUUGUAAAAGCAAAAGGCGAGUCAUUCAACCAAUUACUAGGAAGACCUGGACUAAAGAUGAAAUAAAAAGUGUCAAUUGUCAUUUUAAACAUUAUUUGAAAACUCAAACAUUGCCGCCUCUUCCGCUGAUUCGCAGCAUUCAGAGUGAGUUUGGAGUGCUUAAAAAUUGCACGCCGAAAGUAAUUAAAGCUCACAUAUUUAAUGAAAACCAAAAGGCAAAAUCGGCAACUAACUUCAAUGAUGAAAAAUCAGAUAAAACACGUUCUAAUGAAAACCAAAUAAAAAAACAUCUGAAAUAUAUUUUUCAAGAUUGUAUUGAAAAAAAAAAAAAUACCAGCACUAGAUGCUUGUGCAACAGCGAAAAGAACUGAUAAAUUACUUUGUAAACUAUCAGACACCAAUAUUCAACGACGUGUAAAAAAUUU